CGCGUCAUUCAGUGACUCAACAAGCUUGUGCUUAGUAAAAGUAAAGCAGUUCUCAUCAAUAACAAGUCAUCUUGUCUCUGUUUAGCAUUAGUUAAGUCCUGAUGGAGAAUUGUCUGUGUUUUGCAUUAGUUAAGUUCUGAUGGAGGAUGAAAGCGAAGGUGGUGUUACUAGGUGAAGGAAAGAUAGAAGGUUUGUUUUCUUCAAAGAAUUUACACUGCGCAGUUAUGCGUUUCAUCAGACCGGGAUAAGAUCUAAAAGCUGUGAUUUUCCUUUAUGCCUGCAGUGGUAUGGAAAGUGAUGUCACUAAUUCUGCUGCAUCUGCAGCCAGUAGAAAUGUGCCAAUGUUACCAGUUUGUCAGGAGAUUCUGUCUGAUAAAGCUAAACAGCUGGGAGAGCCAAUCAUCAUGGAGAGGAGGGGGUUGAUUGACAGUCAUGCAGAGCGCAGAAGCAUUGAGCAGUGGCCCGGCCCCCCGGCUCUGCACGUGGAUGAGGCUGCUGCGAACAUUUGAGCAUCAGAGAGAGACGAGGAGAGGAAAGGGGAAAGAGGGAGGAGAGAAGUUGGGAACAGAGGCGACAGGAUUGAUUUGGGAAGGAACGGAAAGGACUAACGUUGAAGAAAAAAGGAAAAGAGGUGAAAGAAAUUAGGAGAAAAGCUCAAAUCUGAAGCAAAGGGAAGUUUAGUGAUCUCUGUUGAGAUCUGCAGUGGAGGGUUUCUCAGACUUAUCAGUGCGGCUGAAUGCAUCACAUAGCAGAGCAGUACUCUGGACGUAACUCGUGGGACUCCUUCCCCUCUUCUGGGCCCAACCGAGCAUCAUGGGCCCCAGGCAACAACCGACACUGGGCCCCCCACUCCAGGUGCAGCGGAGGGACCUAUCAAUCCCCUUCACAAAACUACACCACAGGAAGAAACUACCCAAACAAAACAUAUAACAACAGACCUCCAGGUUUCAAUAGGGACAGGGCCCACGCUCACCCUAGAGACAGAGGCAUCGGAAAGGAGCAGAGGGUCCAGCGGGGGUGCGGACCACUGCAGAGCGAACAUCACAACCCUGAGUGCUCCACCUUGAACAGCUCAGGGUGUCCACCACACCUCUCUAACAGUAACAAUCAUGCCAACCAGGCCCACAGGUAUGGGGGUCCGCACCAGCAGCAACGUUCAGGCGGGCGCCCCUCGCAGACCCAGGGAGAGAAGUGGACACAAUCGGAUCAGUCCAGGACUUUUCAAGGGCCCUCUCUUAAACGUCCAGCUCCUCCUCAUAAUGUCUCACCGUCCCUCCGUGAUUCAUCCCCUUUACGAGAUGACUGUCCCAGCAAGAGAAAUAGAAGCAUUAACCAGAAUUUCCACCAGAGAGAAAAAUAUUUCAUCAACCGCCCUCCUCCAUCACAUUCACCUCGGCCGUGGAGUCCAGCAUACAAAAGCUCAAUGCCGUGGACUCUGUCUGAGAAGAGAUCAUCCCCCUCCCACUUUCAGGAGUCCAGUCAUUCAGUCAUAAGAGACACCUACAGACCCUAUUCCCUCCCAUCACCGACCAACAGUGGCCCCAGCCAGGGCUCUCACAGUAAGAAACCCACCAAACAAGGCCCACCCCAUCAUCCGGUCCGAGAUCAUCCAGGAUCCUAUCCACGUGGGGCCAAGGGGGUCUGGGAUUGCCCAUCACCAGCAAACCUCACCAGUGUGCCUUACAGUCAGCAGCACCAGCUUCCUUCACCACAGAGGCACACCGGCCCCUCAGGCAGUCCAGCCACCUCAGUACCUCAGCCCAGAUUAAACACAGCACAGCCUGACUGGAAACCACAGAGCCGCUCUGGAAAACACGGCAACAGUGAGAUUGAACGUCCUUCCUCUGGCCUGGAUUCCCAGCAGUUUGUGGAUGGGGACCGAAAACGACCAAGUUCAACAAAACACGGUAGCCGUCAACGGAGUCCCAUUCAGUCCCACAGCAGUGCAGAGGGCAGGGUGAGCGGUCCUUCUGGGAGAGAUCGUACAGAAAGGAGGAGUCCAGAGACUGGGUUAAAGAAACAUGAUCUCAAAGAUUCAGAUUCUUCGUCUGAGGCCAUCACUAAGAACUUAGACAGGAGCCAAAGGGAGCAGAAGUCAGACAUGAAAAAGAGCAGGCACUCUAAACAUCAGCCUGAGUUCAAAUCCAUCCACAAGAGCUCUCUCAGCAAGCUGGAUACUGAACUUUUGAAACACAUAGAGGCCAAGAGAAGACACAGGGAGCAUGUGAGGAGGAAGGAGAGAAAGGAAGAGGGAGAACUGAUUGAUGCAAAGCAACGCAUGGAGAAGAGACUAGAGGAAAGGAAAAAGAAAAAGAUGAGGGAGGAAAGAAAGGGACAUGAAAAGAAAAGUGCACAUCAAAAUGGGAGGAAACUGGUGCAAAUGAAAAAGAGAGCAAAAGAAAAGCAUGCAGACAGGAAAAGCAAGACGCCCACUAAGAAAUCAGCGUCUUCUUAUUCAGGAACAUCUGACCCCAGUGAUUCUGAACCUCUCAAACACAAAGAGGAAGAGGAUAAGUUCUCUCAACAUACCUCAGGGUUCAUCCCAACCUCUCCAUCUACUUCUCCUGUCAAUAACAGCCAUUGUUCUCCUUGCCAAUCAACCCAUGCAGUUGAUACUAAGAUCUCAGAAGAUGACGACCAGUCAAAUUCUACUGAGCCUGACCAUGUAGACACUAGUGAAGAUGACAGUGUGCACACCAAUGAAGAUGAUUCCAAACCCACUCUUCCUGAUAAACAAAUGGUUUCUGGAAAGCAUCCCAUCAGCAGCAAGGAAGGUGUUGUGACUGAAUCAAGAGUCCAUCAUGCUCCAGAUCUCCUCCCAGCUCAUUGUAGCUAUAGUGAGGAGCUCCUAAGGUUGGACCCACCAACAAGUCCACCUGUUCUGAGCUGGCAGGGCUCACCAGUGUCAGACUUAGAUGAAGAUGUUGAAGAUGGAAGCCAUGAGAAUAUGAUUAGAGUGCUGAGGAGACCAGUACUACAGCCUAGUCCAACACACUCAUCUCCACUCAGAGACACAAGCACUGGGGUUGAUUAUUGCCACAGUGACCUGGCAAAGCUGUACGGGCUCCCUGAGCCCUCAAAAGGAAUGGAGAUUGAGGAUGAAGAUGAUGAAAAACAAGAAAGCGAUCAGAAAGAUGGUAGUCCUGAUGCAUUAAACUCUCAGCCCAACAAACCACACCUGCACCAAACGGACACCUCGCCAAACUCGGCCAUUGGCAGCCAUAGAUACACUUACAGGGGCGGGCCAUUUGGUCGACCACCGCCUGGUGCUUUAGUAGGUUUAAAAUAUUCAUCAUCUCUGUCUUUGGGUCCAGAGAUCCGUCCUCCAGGCCAGCAAAGUCCACCUGCCACAUCUCCAACCCAGGAUAUCCCAUAUCAGGUUUCAUCACCUCUGAUUCAGCCCAAAAAAGAGGAAGACAAAGAGAGGAAAACAGAUGCAGAAGAGGAGGAAACAGAGGCAGAACAGGAAGAGGAAACAGAGGAGCAGAAAGUGGAUGAACAAAUAGAGAUCAAUGCGGAUGAAUUGGCUAAAGAUCCGGCCUGCACAUCAGUAGAGGAGAAGGAACCUCUAAUGUCUCCGGCCACCCUGCAAGCUAAACUAGCUGAAAGCUGCGAGCUACUGCUCAAACAAAACUCCCGCCCUGUGUCCGUAACAGAGAGGAAGGCCUUGAAAGGUAGCGGGUCCACAUCUACUGAGAAAGAAAAGGACCAAGAUUGGGUAAGACAGCGAGAUCAAGUGGGAACUCUUGGAAAGAAAGCAAAAGGAGAAGAUCAGGUCAUCCCAGAAAACCAACAAAAUGACAAGAAAGAGCAAGAUACAAAACCAGAAGAAACAGACAAGGUGGCAAAUGUUGUUAACAAACGCAUGAAAGAAGACACAGUAGCAAGUACAAUAAGCCACAUGGCAUCUAUCAAAGCAUCAUCUACCAUAACCAGCACAAAAACAUCCCCACUGCUGGAUCGGAUCAAUCUUCUUAAACCGGAUGAGUUAUCUAAAAUCCCCCUGAAAAAACUGACGAUCAAACUGAACAAGGUUGAGAUUGGAGAUCGAAAGACCUUCAUCGCAUCAGAGAUAGAGCAAAAGAGCAUCCCCCUCCCAACCAUCACCAUUAGAAACAAAGCUACUGAGAUCAUACGAGCCUGCAAAGGGGCCAACAUUAAGACCAAAUUUCGGGAGUCAUACCUGCUGCCUGCGCUGUCAGUGAAGCCCGACAUGUCCACAGAGAUUCCUAUUCCCAGACAGAAACUUAAUCCUCCAACACCAAGCAUUUAUCUGGAGAGUAAGAGAGACGCUUUCUCUCCUGUGCUGCUGCAGUUUUGCACAGACCCUAAAAAUGCCGUUACCGUCAUCAGAGGACUGGCUGGAUCUCUCCGUUUAAAUCUAGGUCUGUUUUCCACUAAGUCCCUGGUAGAGGCCAAUUCAGAGCAUGCGGUGGAAGUGAGGACUCAGGUUCAGCAGCCAGCAGAUGAGAACUGGAACCAUAAUGGAUCCGCCCAGACUUGGCCCUGCGAGAGCAGCAGAUCUCACACCACUAUCGCUAAAUAUGCCCAGUACCAAGCGUCUAGCUUCCAGGAGAGCUUACAGGAAGAAAAGGACAGCGAAGAUGAGGAUGAGGAAGAGAAGUCGGAGGAAAAAAAUGUGACAAAGUCCAACCCACAAGUCACCACUGGGACUUCUACAGCCAGCUCAGAUCAGAAGGCUGCGGUUGGGAAAAUCAUCAAAUUUGGAACCAACAUUGACCUGUCUGACCCCAAAAGGUGGAAGGCGCAGCUACAGGAGCUGUUAAAGUUGCCUGCGUUCAUGCGAGUGUCCUCCAGCGCAAACAUGCUGAGUCACGUUGGUCACACGAUAUUAGGCAUGAACACAGUACAGCUUUAUAUGAAGGUCCCUGGCAGCCGUACUCCAGGUCAUCAGGAAAAUAAUAACUUCUGUUCAGUGAAUAUUAAUAUCGGCCCUGGAGACUGUGAGUGGUUUGCUGUUCAUGAACACUACUGGAAAGCCAUCAGCGACUUCUGUGAAAAGCAUGGCGUGAACUACCUGACAGGCGCGUGGUGGCCUGUUCUGGAGGAUCUUUAUCGUUCGAACAUCCCCGUGUAUCGCUUCAUUCAGAGACCCGGAGACCUUGUGUGGAUCAAUGCUGGCACCGUGCAUUGGGUUCAGGCUGUGGGCUGGUGCAACAACAUCGCUUGGAACAUAGGCCCUUUAAACGCCUAUCAAUAUCAGCUUGCUCUUGAGCGCUUCGAGUGGAAUGAGAUUAAGAAAGUCAAAUCCAUCGUCCCCAUGAUUCAUGUGUCCUGGAACGUCGCCCGCACAAUCAAGAUCACAGACCUGAACACAUUCAAGAUGAUAAAACAUUGUCUCCUACAGUCCAUCAAACACAUUCAGAUUUUAAGAGACCAGCUGGUGUCUGCAGGGAAGAAGAUCUCCUAUCAGAGCAGGGUGAAGGACGAGCCGGCGUACUACUGCAACGAAUGUGAUGUGGAGGUAUUCGACCUGCUGUUCGUGACCAGUGAAAACAACAGCAGAAAGAUGUACAUGGUUCACUGUGAGGACUGCGCUCGGAAGCGGAGCCCGAAUCUGACUGGGGUGGUGGUGCUGGAGCAGUAUCGCAUUGAUGAACUGAUGAACAUGUAUGAUAACUUCACCCUGGCUACAGCGCCGUGCUGUAGGUGAACUUGAUGUCUGAAACUACACAGCCAUAACCAAAUCUCCCGGCCCAAAGCAGAGGCACAAACCUUUUGUUCAUUUUUUUACCAAAACCACUACUGCAAACUUACAAGACAGCCAGUCAAAUCGCUGUUUACUUCACAUUGUUUACAAUACUAUCAGCAGAUGUCUCUCCAGCUCCCGUCUUCCCCUCAGCCAGCUACUGAGGGACAUCUGAUAGUUCUCAUGCAUAAAUACAGAACGACCAGAGUGGUGCUACAUCAUUGGACUCGAGUUAAUAAUCUGUAACUUGGCUAUCAGGUCAUUCAUCCACAAUGGAUAACUGCUGUGAUACCUUUGAAAAUAAAAAAAUUAAUAAAUAAUAGUCAGCUUGCCUAACAUGUGCAUUAAUUCAGGUACUGAUGUAGUUUACUUUUUUAUGCAAACGGAAGACGAUUUCACCGGUCCAGUUAAUCUUUGUCUUUGGUUUAUUGGAGUAAGUGGUGAUUUGAUACAAUGUAUAACAGCGGGAGAUGAACUUCUUUUAUAGCUGUUGAUCAUUGCAGUGGCAUUAAGUUAAUUUCUGUUGUUUUGGUCGUGUCAUAUUUACUACAGAUCUGAUCUUUGUAAAAGGUAUUUACAUAUUUGACUGGGUGCUAUUUUUUUAAGUUUUAAGUCAAAGGUUUUCAGAAUGAUGAAACAAACUUUUUUAACAGUCUAGACUAACACCAUUUUGGCCUUGUGAUUUGCAUUUAGACAAAAGAAGAUUUCAUGGUAUUUGAUUAAGUAAAAUGACGUUUUCAUAGAGCAUUAAAAAUAUCACGUGAGGUACAGUAAAUGUAACAGUUGUUCCAAAAAUACGGGUUUAAUAUACAACUUAUUUGAUCGCAUUUGUCUGGAAAACCUUGUGUGUGUUAAGUGAAAAAAAAAAUCAUUCCUGCAAACUUGUUUUUAAUGAAUUUUCAAUCUAUUCUGAAUUUAAAUUCCUGAAUUUUUCAAUCAUAAUUGUUUUUUAUUUAUUUUACUUUCUUUUCUUUUUCGUAUUUAUUGAUCGUUUGUGAUGCUUCUGUUUUCUGACACGUAUGUAUUUUGUAAAUCUUUCCAUUGUGCUGAUGUGGUGAGGCUUAUGGGGGACCGUCUGAUUCAAAAUGGUGCUGAACCCCCUCCCACCCGGGUCUCUCUGUCUGUAUAAAUAAUCUGUAGGCUUGAAAACAAUGAACAUAAGUUACAAAAGUUGGUGCUUAGAAUCAGUACACUUUUUAUGAAUGUCUUUGUACUGUAUAUUUAACACAUAAAAUACAGAAUAUUGUGACACGUGUAUGAUUUCCGUCAUGCUAGAUGUUAUGAUUAUUAAAAUUUUUCUAAAUGUAUCGCUAUCGAUGAAUUUCAUUUUGAGUUUUCAGGUUUUUUCCAUCAAUACCUCUCAACGUUUGUUUUCAGGCUAAUUUUUGUUUGUUUGACUGUAUCAAAAAAAAAAAAAAAAACAUAAUAAUGACAAAAAAUAAAAUGUAAAAGAUUAAGGAACUGAGCCAGACUUGUCUAAAACAUUUUGUGAUUUUUGUGUGUUAUAACUGAUAUAAUGACAACUAUAAAAAAUAAAUCAUUCUGAUAAAUUCA